AUGUCUGGGUCAAACAUUACUUUUGAAGACUUCGUUACUUGCGAUGAUGACGUAGCCACAGCAGGGACGUUGACAGAGGGAGAAAUAUUGGAAUCAGUAAACAAUUGCAUUGAAAGUGAUAAAGACGAUGAUUUUAAUGACGAGCCACAAACUUCAUCUACAAGUGUAUCAACCAACGAAGCAAAAAAAGCUUUAACAACUGUACGAUCAUUUAUAGAGCAGUGUAGCAACAUAAAAGAUAAUGUAUUCUCCUCUCUAUUUGUCAUUGAAAAUCAAAUCGAUUUAGAAAUAGUGAAUUUUUUAAAACAAAAGAAAAUCACAGAUUUUUUUAAGUAG